CUGCUGGAUAACGGGCACUGCAGACGGAUAAACAACGCUUUCGCGAAAUCGCUUUUGAUUAUUUUCAUAACGUAUCUACUCAAUGUAAAACUUGACAAACAAACUUAGAAGAGUCUUAGCCAUUUAUUCCUUGGUUGUGCCCUGUAAAGUGAAAAGAUAAUGCCUGGCGUCACAAGUAAGUUUCGUGUGCAACGUUAUCAUCAUCGCAUUCAUGUGGAUUGGUGUGAAACACAUCUAGCUGUGGCGUGUUGUUGUCUUUAAUUCAAGAAACAAUUACGCUUUGGGAUGCCUAGGGAUCUAGGUCUAUUUUACGUAAAGCCUGUCUUAAAAAUUUCCAGGUAAAUUACCAGAUGGCUGGGAGCGUUCAGAAACGGCUAACGGCAUUCCAUACUAUGUAAAGUAAGUUCAUAUUUGCUUGGAGAUUUUGUCUUGUGGAAGUUUAACCAACUUCAGUCCGCAUUAUUGUACUUUGAAUUUGAUUUUAUCCGAAAAUAUAACUGUGGAAGUAGAAACUGGAAGACGUCAAUACUUAUUUCUCCUUUUAAAGCUUAAAACAUACAUCAACAAACUAAUGGUCUCUAGAAGUGUCGUAGUAAAGAAAGUGGUAAGAUUUCCGCACAACCCUUUAUUAUGCAUAUAGAAAACGAUGACCAAAACAGCAGAGUGCGUUUGGGGCUACGUCUUUGUUUUAGAAUAGCAUGGGACUGUGUGGAAAUCUUUCCUUUCGGUGAGAUUGCGUAUUGGUCUCACUGAUAGGGAAAAGGUUUAUUGGUUAAGUGAACAAUUUUAAACCCAUAAAGUUAAAUUUGUACUUAAUGUGUCUGUUUUUAUUGAUCUGACACAAUACUGAUUGUAGAUAAAGCUAACCGAAAGUGGCUGAAUACAGUUUGCAUGUGGUCAGCCACAGUUAGCCUGAUGGUUAUAAAUCACACAAACAAACAUGGCAGCGAAAACUCGGUUGUUGAAAUGCAGUAUUCCUACCAGAAGUUGGAUGAGCAAAUCAGUCAAGUGCAACUCUGUUUAUUUGUGAAAAAAAUUGUGGAAAUCAGUUUACUUAGCUAAAUUGUCUCCAAAAAAUUCGGAGUCAAGUUGCCACAACAGCAUAACCUACUGCUGCCAGGAGGAGAGCCACAAUAAUAAUUUAUUUUUCAGUGUUUCAUUAAUUACCCUACUGCUGCUACUGUUUUCAAGAACUUCCUACUGUGGACAGACAGAAGAGAAAAGCAAAGGAAAUGUUAAUGUCAGCUAAAAAACAACCCAUUUUAUCUUUCACCCCAAGUGUAAGCUGCAAAGUGCAAGGCAAUGACUAAGGCAGCCAGAGGGGAACUUUUCAGGUGACACUCAAUUUAUCCCACCCAAAAACAAGGAAAAAAAAAUUGGCUGAACAUUGCAUUCUUUAUGGCUAGAAACAUGACCCAAAGAAUGUUGUAUUUUCUUUAAUAAUCCUUAAAAUCAUGCCAGUACUGCAAAUUGGUCAAAAUAUGCAAACUUUAUACAAUAUUUUUUCUCUUUACUCAAAGCCAACUUUCCAAAAAUAACUUGAAAGAGUUGAAUGAUUUAAUUUGGUUCUAUCAAUUUUUCUAAGGCCCUCUCUAUAAUUAGCAAAGAGAUAUAGCAAGGAGUAUCAUUUUAAGGUUUAUCCUACCAACAAAGUAAAUUUCUCCUCAUGCAUCUCAGGUAAACAAAUUCAAAACAACUUGGGCUGUUGGGGAGAAAAUUUUGCAUUGUGGAGGCAAUUCUUUGCAGACAGUUCCUUUAUGUAAGUGUCACUUGAUGAUUUCCUUGAAGAUUCAAAGCACUCAUAUUCUCAUGGAAAACUUGUUCUUAUUGGCCAUAACUCUGCUUUCAACUGCCUUUGCUGAGAGAGUCCAAGAUACCUUGCAAGAGCUGUUUCAAAGCAUGAACAAGUUGAAUAUCUGACAGUCUCAUUGUGUUCCAAAUUUUUACAAAGAACACACACAAAAGGUGCUCAAACAAACAAUGGCUCCUUUGUGAAAAUUAAUCUAGCAUUGCUUCACAGAGGUCUUUUUUUCAAUGCCAUGAUGCACUUGAGGAUGUAAAGGUGCUAAAUAAAAUGCUCUUAAAGUCCUAUCUGAACUUAUCCCCUACCACAAUUAUUGUCAACAAAAGUGGCACAACAAAACUAAACACAGUCAUUGAAGAAGUGAAGUACAUGAAGGUCACACUCUCUUGAAGUCAUUUGAUAGGGCAAUUGGUGAUUCAUCACAAGGCAGGAUUACAAAGAAGUCCAUGGCCAGGAAGCUUGCAGAGCCUGAUAUUGGCUACCAUCACUUGAAGACACUUUUUACGACUAAAGGAGAAAGGGGGUUCUUGCCAUGUUUGCCAAUCUGCCAGCAAGCAGUUGAACUUGUUGUGUUUGAAGAACUGCAGACCCUCUGACAUUACACUAAAUGUCAAGUCAUUUCAAAGGAAUUCUGUGUUUAUUUCAUUUACUUCAUGGCUUUUUAUACUUGGGGAGGGUGUCUAAUCUCAACCAAAGAAUUCCAUCAGGCAAAGAGUGCAAAAAAUAAGGGUCACAGUGUUUGAAAUAAAUUACCUUGAGCUGCGCAUGUGCAUUAAUGAAAGCAUGUGAGACUACCCAAUUUUUUGACCUACUGAGAUGAUGUACUCAAACAUGAAUUUUUUCACAGUUUGCUCAUUAGAAUUCGAUAAAGUUUGUCAGAAUCCCAUUUUAAAGGCACUUCAAAAAAAUGAAAACUCUGAAAACAGAGGAAAUCUGAGAAACAAUCAAUAUUCACAGGGCAGCUUUAUUCUUAUUUUUUUAAGCAUACUGUUAAAAUGUUGUCAAGUCAAUAUAAAACAAUAUUAAUCUGUGAUGAAGCUUUGUGCAAGUUCAUGGGAAAAUCAAUGUUGACAUGGAAACAGUUGAAGGUGUCAGUAAUAGUGGUUAAUAAACAAUUUAAUCACUAUCUUUUCCUAAUGUCAAAUUUCAGCUCAUUUGCUGCAAUAUUUCUCACAUAGUGUCUCAAUGGAUGACAGAUACUCAAAACCUAUUGGCCACGCUAAUAAGAUUAAAGUUUGCUGAUUAGCUUAUUUGUGCUAAUCAGUUCAUUCUAGAUUCUUUGUUGGAGUUCCAAAAUGGUCUUGUGUUCCUUAUAGUUAUGAAAAUGAUGUUGGCAAAGUACAUGCAAUUGUUUUCACAUUCUCAUUAUUACCCAUUAAGCUUUUCAUAACCUAGAUACAGAGGAAAUUAAUUGAUUAUUUUUUAAGAGUACUUCUUGUCAUAACUUGAGAAAAUCACUUACAAUACCUUUUUCUCUUAUGGCAGUCACGAAACUGAGAAAACUCAGUGGGAUCAUCCAGAAAUGGUUAGUCUACUGGAGGAGACAGGUGAAGUGAAUUAUAAUCUGUGUUGUGUGUUGAAGUUAAGUUGAUUCUUGAUUUUCCUGCCUCUGGAUGAAACAAAGUAUUUCAGCAAAAUGAGCAGAUGUACUGGCAUUUUUGUGUGGUUUCACUUGCCCUCAAGCUUGUGCAAUUUUGCUGUCUUUGAAAAAUUUACAUGAGCUUAUAAUCACCAAAUUGCACUUGAAAUUAUGUUAUUACCAAUACUUAAUACAACUGAAUUCACCCUGUAAUGUUGGAAACAGGCUGGGGUUUAUAACAUCAAUUUCUUAGGUAUAAUUGUUUUGCUUAUCUGUUGCAGAGAGUUUUAGCAACAUCAAGUAUGCUGCAUACCGAACAGCCAUGAAGCUGAGGGCCAUUCAGAAAAAAACUCAAUGUACUGUAAUUUAAAUUGAGUUAGUCCAAUGUUUUGUUAAUUAUUCAUUGUUAUAAUUCCAAAACUACACAUUUCCUUAAUGGACAAAAGUUUGAUGGUGGUGAAGGGGAGGGGGGGUGUGACAGGGGGGUUACAGCCUCCUGUUUUCUGUGCCACGUUCUCCUACCUCCUGUACUUUUGUGCCCCUUUAUCUCCCAAUUCUGGUCCUUCAUUGUAUUCACUCCAUUCACAUUAUUGUAUUCACUUCAGUCUUUAGGUUAUUAGAAAAGAUUGACUUGGAAACAGUUAAGGGCACCAACAUAAGUGGUUCAUAAAAACCUUUAAUCACUAAUAUUAAAAAGAAUCAGAAUCCUGGGUUAUAGGCAAGCUGUGCCAAACCCCAUCAUUCUGGACUAUUCUCUGGCAUUGCAUUUCCUUCAAUUUUUGCAGGGCAUUUUUAGGGUAUUUUUUAAAAUAAACUUUUAGUAUUGUAUUUUAAAUAAAAAUUGUCCCUUACUGUUAUCAGUAAGGGACAAUGUUGUUAAAUUAAACCUUGGCUAGCUGCAGAAAGUUGUACUUACAUUUAUUUUGCAGCUGUGUGAUUGUCUGAUAAUUAGUUUCAAACCGAUGUGGAGUAAACUUUGCCAGUACAUAUAGAGACACCUCUCAAUUAAGCUAAUCUAACAUCUCAAAUCAUGCACAGGUUGUUGAAGUGCAAUAAUGCAUGCACCAAAAGUAACAUACUGGCAAUUCUCUACUAAAGUAAUUGUCAGAGAAUGAUAAACUAGUCAAAAGAAAGGUUGUCAGCAUUUCAUGUUACAUUUUCUUCUUGCAGUCAUUGCACAGUGUUACAAAUAUAUUUGUGCGCAAAUAGAUAGUUUAUAAUUAGCCCCAAACAUUACAGUUAAAUGGGAGACAUUAUUAAUAGCUCUCACAAUUUCCUACCAGUUAAUGGUUAAAAAUGAAGUUGAAGAAAGAUGAAAUGAAACUAUUGUUUUUCUUUUCAUCUCAGUGUACAUGGUUGAUCUGCGUGUAGUCAAGAUGUCGUUCAGUGAUGAAGGAAUUAACAAUGGAUAUACAGAAGGAAACUUGUCUGUAGCAGAACUAUCCAAAAUCAUCAAUGCUGUUUUUGUCAAUCAGAACAGGGAUAAGAAUGGAUUUAUUGACGUGUCUCUGGCAAGUGAACUGACCCUUAACUGGAUGCUCAAUGUCUAUGAUCCGUGAGUAAAUAGAGAAUGUUGUCUAUGGUUAAUGCUAAGGUCUACAUUGUAGCUAAAUCAUAAUUAUGGCACAAGGGUCAGCAACAACCAACAUUCAGUUGUCAUGGGUAAAGAUAAUGGUUGUCCUUAGGCCUUUUCAAUUGUCUGGCCAGUGUGAAAACCUCUCCAGACAGUUUAUUACUCAUUUUGUUCUGUGAAACACAUUGUUUUUUAAAGUAUAUCACAUGUAUCUUUUUUAAUAUCUCGGAUAUUAAAUGGAUACUAUUAGGGGCAAAAUUUAUUAAUACCACAUUUUUGCAUCAUAUGUGAUCCAUUACUGAACAGACAUAUGGUAACAUAUAUUUAGAAUCAAUUUUUUAAGUCUCUAACUGACUAAAUAAAAAAUCUGAUGGGCUUAACAGAUUGUUGUUGUCAAGUGUAAAAACAUGGAUGAAAAACUUAAACAACUGAAAGCACUGCACAUCUAGUAUGUACAUGACUAUAUUACUAAGAAAUGCACAUUUAGUACCAUCACCAACCCCUCGAUGCUUUCUUUGAUCAUGAUGAUUUCUCUCACUCUAGGGAGAGAAAGGGAUAUGUGCCACUUCUUUCUUUGAAAGUCUGUCUUUCCAUUAUGUGCUCUGAAAAGAUUCAAGAAAAAUUCAGAUGUAGGUUUAUCUUUUUUUGUUGUAAUUGUGUUUAAGAUAUUCCCUGGCAAGACAUAAUCUGUCAAUCCUGUUGUAGUCUAAUAGUGUUUUUAUCAUUUUUUCAAUUAUUUGAAAAGCUGCGACUGUAAUAAUUUCAUCACAAUGAUGAUGAUACAAGUAUUUAAACAGGAUAUGCCUUUCAAAAGUAUAAUGUAAAUUCUGGCUUUUGAGUUUUCAAAUGAGAUUAACAUUGAGAUUUCUUUCUCACAUACACAAAAGGGCCUUGAUAGAACUUGUUCAGGGCAUGGUAGGUAUCAGCCUGUCUAAAGGUCUCCAGCCUGACAUCUGGUGUAGAGUUCAAGGCCUGAAAAAAACUUUUAAAAGAGUACUUUCAGAUAACUGUUUUGAUAUUUUUUCAUGACCAGAUGUCACAAGAAUGUAGACAAACAAAUACUAUAUAUUAAUAAAUACUGAAUAUUAAUAAUUGUUUCACACUCUAUCACUUUUUGUGAGUAUUUCUUGAUUUCACCUGUAACUAACCUGUUCUCCCUUUGUUCUUUUCAAGAUUUGUUUUCACAACUUUGCAAUCACCAGGGAUUUUUGGAUAGAAAGAGACUUAAUUUGUUCCUUCAAGAGAUGCUGCGGGUAAUGUAUUUCUCCAUUCUUGGCUGAGGACUAACAUUCCUUUUGUGUUAGUUUGACUCAAUAUAUCUUGUUAUGAUAUUAUGUUGUGCACUGCACAACUUAGCAAUGUUUAAUAUGUUUGUUUUUUUGCAGAAGGAAAUUAAAUUUAUUCAUUCUUUUUUUUUUUUUAAUUUAAAAAAUAACUAUGUCAGCGUAUCGAGUGGUAUGUUGCUCUUGCCAAUUAGAUAGCCGCAUCAGGGUGUGUAUCUCGCACAAAUAAGAUCGCUGCAUUAGGCUAUGUAUCUCGCCAGAAUGUCGUCCCCAAUGCCAAUCAUGUCAUGAAAUUAAUAGAGGGGUAAGUUAAAUCUAAAGAAACUGGUGUGGUGUCGGUGGAGGAGUAUAACCUGAUAUGAAAUUAACUACCGCGAUAUGUUGCGAUGGAAUCAACCCAACAUUGACACACAUCAAGAAUGACAUUGACAAGAACUGUGAGUUCCUCUACCCAGUGUAAAAGUUCAUAUCCUUCGUGAGGACUUCGUCGCUAUGGUCUGUCGGGGUUAGAAAGGUCGUCAGGGAAUCUUAUUACCAUUUCGAAGUUAAAAAUGUUUUGUGUACCGCCCCUUCACCUACAACGCACAUACCGUCAGCUAUAGGCUUAACACGAAAUUAUCACUAAAGCGUUGAGAUAUAGUUUGAUGCUACUCUGGUUUGCAGAUUUAAUGAAUGUAACCGAAGAAGUUACAAUUCAUAGACCCAACGUUUCGACCCUCCUGCUGAAUUUUCCUUUUUGCAAAGAAAAACCGCUUUUUGGUGCUCUUUUAACCGUGUGCCAAACUGACGUUUGGCCGUCCGAUGUAUUCGUUGUCACAAUCAUUGCAAGGAAUAGAAUAAAUGGCGUCGGUUCGUUGUUCUUUUGUGACAGCUUUAUCGAAGCAUACAUGCCUAACCAACCAUACAAUUGGGUGGGAUAAUUCUAAAAUGAUCACCACUAAUCGGCGUUACCACCAGCGCCUUUGUUUGGAGGCUUGGCAUAUUAACUCCGCCCACGCUCCUUUAAAUUGUGACGAUGGCGGUUUGCUUCCUGACGCCUAUUUACACCUCGUCAGAAAAAAAAGGCCGCUAAUUAGUGAUCAUAUAAAAGGACCUCUUGUUGCAGCGUUUAGAUCACCCCUGAUGAAGGCACUAGACAGGAGUGUCGAAACCUUGGGUCUAUGAAUUGUAACUUCUUCGGUUAUAUUCAUUAAAUCUGCAAACCAGAGUAACAUCAAACUAUGUCUGAUUGUCCACCUGGUUGCCAUGUGAACUUUAAUAUACUGAUGCGUUUGUUUUGAAAGGGCUGGUUUUGCUGACUCAAGUAAAAAUUGCGUAAAACAUUUGCAUAAACUAUAUCGCUAUGGACAACAAUACCGCUCAGAUUUACGUAAACUAAAAAACGCUAAUAAAACGCGCCUAAAUCGCGUGCAAGUGCGAUUAAAAAAAGAUAUGCGCGUCAAAAUUUCGCACAUGCGCGCAUAUGCUUGAUACAUCUGCCUCAGUAUGUAUGAGAUGGGCCUUUUGUUUUUCUAUUGUUGAAGGUGUCUUGUUUUAAAUAGGUUACAAUGUAAUAGUACUGAAAUACUACAUCUCAACGACAAGUAAACUUGUUCGUUUCAAUCUCCGUUCGAACCGACCUUCCCGAUAUGCUGUUACAUACUGAUGCGACUUCGUAAGCGGAAUAUGAAAAUUAUUUAUCAUUAUCCGACGAAAUUCUUUUAUCAAAAUAGCCAUUUCUCACUUCAUUUGAGAUGAAAUGCCAUUCUCCAGUAAACAGUCUAAAUUUUAUAACUUAUCCUACCCCGCCGCAAAAGUAUUUACGUCUCGUCUCGUCACGCAACGGGGGGAGAGCACGUUGUGUAAGACCAAACAACGAUUGUGAAGGAGAUUGAAGGAAGCGUGGCACCGUUGCAGUUUAUUUUUGCUAACAAUUAUUCAGACACCAGUGACAACAGAACAUAAAAUACGUGUGUCUAAGUUUAUUUCAGAUAAAUUGGAGGGUUUUUUUUGGCGCUCCAUUGACUAAGCGACUUUUUUUGUGUUUGUUUUUCUAAACAUUAAUCCUGUUCUGUUUGUUUAGAUUCCCAAGUACAUUUUUGAGGGCGCAUUCUUCAGUGGGUCAAGUGUGGAGCCAGCUGUGAGAAACUGCUUUGAAAGGGUACUAUGUUAUGGUUAUAAUUAAUUUUUGCACUGUCUUACGUAAAGAAUAUUUAGUUCAUCAGACAGGAUAAAAUUUGAGGUGACGCUAGAAAUUAUUUAUCGGAAGCGAAUUUUACUCAGUUAAAAGAGCUAGGUUUAUUUUGAUUCCCCUUUAAUUUAGUCGUUAACAGAGGCGCAAAUCGUUGAAUCAAACAACGAAAUUCAACUAAAUACAAACAGUUGAAUAGAAUUACGAUCUCAAAGAUUGAAGAAUCAACUUUACAUUAAUAUAGCAACACAUAUUUGAGUUGAUGCAAAAUCGUCAUUUAAAUGAAAGCAUGGACAUACUGAAACUCAGAGAAUAAUUUCCAGUGAAUCGAAGGAUUCUUCAAAUUAUUUGAAAAAGUUUCAUUUCAACCCGGCAAAUAGGGUUUCGUCAGUUGAAUUUUGCUUUGCUAAAUUGCUGUUAUAUUGUCCUGGGUUCAAUUUCUAGUUUUUCGGUCGACAUGAAAUAGCUUUUUAGAUUGAGAGAAAUAUUUGAAUUUCUGUAAACACAGUUAAAGCAAUCUAGGUCAACCAAUUUUUAAGUUUCUGGAAAGUUUAAAGCCUUAACUUGCAGUGCCUUGCCAUGUAAUAAAUCUACCUUCAGUAGUAGCUUCACUACUAACUAGUGAAUCCAUUUUGACCAAAAUUCCGAUGUGGUGACGGAGUGAUGCGUUUUCCUUAAAGAAUUCGUUUGGUGAAGCUCAUUACGUCCGAGAUGCGGGUAUUCUUUAGCCUAUUUGCUUUUCAUCUAGACCAUAUAGUAUAUGUAUAUGCCAAAGAGCUCCAUACUAAUAUAAUGUUAUUCCCUACAGUAAUAUACUUAAGGAUCAUUUAACUAUUUUUGGAGAAUAGGUACGAGGGGUUUUGGUCUCUAAUGCCACUUGCGCUGCUCCAUUUUUUUUUCCAACCAGGUGUCCAUUCCUGAUAGAGCAUCAGCAGAAGAGUUCAUCGAAUGGAUGAUCGCAGAACCACAAACAAUUGUUUGGCUACCUACACUUCACAGACUAGCUGUCUCAGAGACUGGUCAGUAGAGUUGCUAAAUGUAUAUUUUACAAAAUGUAUAUCAUCCGUGGAAUGAGACCGUCGUGCCGUGAGCGGGCCCGUGAAAUGGCUAAAGAGAGUGAGAUCAGUUAUGGGUUAUCAGCGGUUGCCGUUAGUGCCUUAACUGGCUGAUAUCCAGUGGCACACACUUAAAUUUCAAUUAGCGCAUCUGUGCUUAAGAAUAUAUCACCAUCAUUAUCAUUUGCUACCAUUAUUGUUUGUAUACAUGUUGGUAAAAUUUUGAGAAUAUCGCAUACUAAAAUCGCACAACGAAUAUCGUAAUAAUAUCAUCGCCAAGUGAAAAUUAAAAAUGCAAAUAGUCCAUUUGCGCAAAAGUAUUUGUUUGACUUACUUCAGCAACUUUGAAUUUACACAAAAUCUUAACUUAAAUAUUCUUUGACAUGAAAUGUUCUGACGCUCUACUAUCACUCGUCAAUUUGGGUGUUUUAUUGAUCUUUGAUUUUUAACCAGACAAUGAUGUCUGGACGAUAUUCUUAUUCUUCUUAUUAUUGUUGUUAUUAUUACUUUGUUAAAAAUAAAACUCUACAAUUAAUGAAUGCCAUCCAUUAAAUGUUAGUUCACCUCAUGCUUUUGAAGACAAUUUUCUAGUUUCCACCUUGAAGGAACUCAAUUCUAUAUUUUCAUUCUUCACAUGAUUUCGGGCUGUAACAUGGAAAAGAAAGAAGCGACCCAAUAGUGAUAAUCCUUGCUAUCUUCUGUUUUUCAGUGAAACACGAGUCAAAAUGCAAUGUAUGUAAGAUGUACCCCAUAGUCGGCUUCAGGUGAGCCCUAUGAAGGAUUUAUUUCAGUUAAUGCUUGAAAUGCUUGUUUUUCUUUUUCUAACCUUUUGAGGGCAAAAUGCUUUGGAUGUAGUUGAUUUGUUUUUACAUGCUUUUCAGAAUAGCAUUAAGAACUUACGGGCCAUGCACUUCAAAACAAAGAGCAUGCUCCUAAGGUUUGAUAACCUGUUCCUGCUGGUCUUUACUGUGCGCGAAACCUAGCCAAGGAAAGCACCAGCUUUCUACCUAAAUAUGUCCAGUCCUCCUAUGCGUUUACACCUUUGAUAGCAGAGCCAAAAACAGGGGAGGGGAGUUGGAAUUUGCGUUAGGAAGUAAAUUGAAAUAACUUCAAAAGUUGCACAAACCUGUUGAAGAGAUAUCCUCUACUUAGACAAUUAUGGUUUGAAAUUAAAGGCUUUAACAUCCAUAGUGAGGUUUUUCUCUGUGCCGUUCUAACCCAUAUAAGGACUGGCUUGAGUCCCCGUCGCUGAAAACUCCCUUCCUCAUAAAUUCUCAUCGGAAACUCUCAGGCGUCAAAUCUUGAUUCAUCUUAAGCGAUUCCUUGAAUCAACUUUCUGGCAUUUAUAUUCUAUAUUUUUGUUCUUCACUAGAUACCGCUGCUUAAAAUGUUUCAACUUCGACAUGUGUCAGGUAGGAAAUUUAAUAGUAAUUUUGUUUUGUUCAGUUUUCAAGUAAGUGGUAUACCAGUUUUGUUUCUGUGAAGAACAUUCUGGCCAGUGGCUAAGUUGGAAUACGUGUAAUCCUUUGUGCUUGGACGAAGCCUUUUAUGUCUGAUGUUAUCUUGUUUUGUUUUUCUUUGUAUCUUUGGUAAAGACUUGAGUUUUGACGAAGAUGACGAGAAAUUUCUCAAAGUGUUUUGAUGUUUUUACCAAUGACAGCAGUUAUAAUUUCGGCUGUAAAUAGUAAUUUAAUAUGGUAUAUUAUAGUAUAUCUUGAGGCUAGUAACGUGCUGAGUAUGCCGUGUUAUGUUUGGGUAAUGAAACUAACCACAGUUCAUCUGCUCUUUGUAACCAAGAAUGCUUCAUUUGGAAUAACAAAACCCUCGUGAAAUCCUCGUUUUUGAAGUCUUGAAUCUCAUUUACUAAUGAUUUAAACCUACAACCAUGGCAAAAGUGGCAAAACAGUAAGUGUUCCAUUAUCUUGUUUUAUAAAGGGAUGCUUCUGGUCUGGUCGAGUGAGUAAACAGCACAAAAUCGGUCACCCCACACAGGAGUAUUGUCUAGUGGUAAGUGUCAACAAAACUAGUCUGGUUGCCCGCCGCUCAUAUGCAUGUGAGUAAGAAACGGAAAGAAAAUGAUUUCCCUCGUCUAUAUUCUUAUCAUACUAAACGACCAAUAAUUUUUUGGAAGGAGAACAUAAUUGUUAAGAUUAUUCCCUACUAGUAUUUUUAAUAUAACUCUGUCUGCCCUGACUGAGUCCAUCAAUAAAAACAGUAGCUUUAUUUUUGUUGAAAUCUCUGAAGUCGACACAAAAGGAGGACAUGAAAGACUUCGCCAAAGUAAUGCGAAAUAAAGUGAGUAAAAAGAAGAAAAGGCAAGAAGACCCAUCCAAAGGAAGGUUUAUUCCAAUCGAAAUGAAAGAUGUUGCCCCUUCUGAUGGCGAAGACGAGUAAGUCGUGUUUAAAAUGUUUUGUUCAGUAUUUUAAAAAAGACAACCUUCAAUUCCCUUGCUGAUAAUCCAGAACAAAGACAAAUUCUAAUUGUGUCAUUCUGACUGUGUCAAACCAACUUAUGGUAUCAGAUUAUCUUACAUGAUCAUCAUUCAUUGAUGCAACGUUACCGUAGUAAAAUUAAUAUUUUCUGAAAGCUAAGGAAUUGCAGAUGACGAAGGUGUAUUCAAUUACGGCAAAACUUUCAGCGUGUUCGAAUUUAACUCUCGAUUUCCAAAAGUGUAGAGGGUCCCCGAUCGAGUUCGUUUUCGGUUGGAUUUGACACCCUCUUCCGCUAUGUUGUCUUUGUGCACUUGCAAAAGGUCUCAAACUUAAGUGUUUACACUUGCAAACUUAACGAGUUUACACUUGCAAUCAUCGAGGGAAAAACUCUCGAAGCACCUCGUGGAGGAUUGCACACAAACGCUUGAUAAUACGAAUUUACUUCCCGUCGCAAGAACUUUUAGAACAUUCCACAAAACGAGUCUUAAAAAAAUGUUCAAUUUGUUGCGUUUACUGAUACCCUUAGGGUUUUACAUACACGCUCCGCUGCUGCACUAUAUGUACACCUCUAUCUGUUUGGUGUUAAAUAAAGAACCCCAGCAAAAAAACUACGGUAAACUUCAGUCUCGGUCAGUUAUGCUCUAGAGCUUUUUUUUCGUAUUUAUUUUUGUAAUUAAUGAUUAGGGGAAACGAAGAGUCUCCAUGAUUGCUUGUGACAUUGUCAGCAUAUUUUUUUAAGGUUAAGCGAAAGGCUUAGAGAUGACUUUAGGCCUAAUACUGCACGGGGGUGUUUCAUAAAACAUUUCUUCUCAUGUUAUUUAGGGAUUCUGUGGAUUUUGGCGCCCCGGAGAAAGUGUCACCAGGUUUAAACGUCAAGAACAGAGACCAUGCGGCUAGGUUAGUUUGUAAAGGAAGGCGUGAUAUUAAUAAAAGUAGAAAUAUUGAAAUAAUGAUUUAAUAAAAAUACUACUACUACUACUAAUAAUAAUAAUGAUAACAAUAACGAUCAUGAUUAAAUAAUGACAAUAAUACUAAUAAUAAUAACAGUAAUAUUAAUAACAAUAUUAACUAUAACAAUAAUAAUAAUGACAAUAAUUGAGAAGAUCAAGGACGCAAUGGCGGAGGUGGUCCUAAUGGUAUUGCAAACAACUGGUGCAUAAAAGGGCGUGUCUGACACGAGGGUGUGGCCGGUAGUUUUCAGGCCACUGCGAAUUACGAGCAUGAGUUUCAUUUUCGUGAAAUUAAUUGUUAGGGUAACAUUAGUUUCAGGAUUUUUUUCUUUAUCUUUCUAAGGAUAAUGAAGAAUCAAAGUAUUAUGCUUGCUUGAAAAUUUCAUUUUCAUGAAGUUAAUUUCUAGUGUAACAUUAGUUAGAGCAUUUUUUUUCCUUCUUAUCUUUUUAAGAUAAUUAAGAAUUAAAGUAUUAUCUUUCCUUUCAGUGUUAAAUUCCAGUAAAGCAGCAUUUGCUUCUUUUGUGAGAGUGUACUGUCGCGUUUGUUCAAGUUAUCCAUGUUUGCUGUUUUGUCUACUCCGUUUACAAUUUCUCUCUUUUCUCUGCUCCGCCGCCCUUUUACUUCCACUCAACCUUUUUUCCUUGUUCUUCUCUAUCCCUACACAUUUUUCGACAUCGCUCAUUUUCAUCCAGUUAUUUUUUUGACAGACCAGCAAGUCAUGAAACAAGAGAAGAAAGGAACUCAUCCAAGGAAAAGCCUUCAGUGACUCGGUCCGUCAUGUAAGUUGAAGGAGGAUGAGCACUUUGAUGUGUGUUUUAUAUCAAUUUGGUAUUAAUACCGUACUUUACUUUAGUGUGCUUUAUAGCAAACAUAUAUCUUACCUCAAUCGAUUUGAGGUUUUAAAGAUUUUUAUGAUUUUUUUUCUUUUCUUGUUUCCCAGCAGGGCUGAUGAACACGGUCUAAUACAACAUUACACAAAGAGGUAUUGUACCUAAAACUAACUUUGUGUUGUUUUGUUUGUGAAAGUCGUUGAAGAAAAUCUUCACACAAAACUCAAAUCAAACAUAUUUUUCGGUCAUCACCAAAGUUCAAGUUCUGUCUUUUUUUACCAAUUUACAUGCACGUUAAUUCAAUUUCAAGAUCAGAUAUCAAUAUUUCAUUUACUGACCUGCAAAUAGCCAUAGCUAGUGAAGAGCAGGUCUAGCAGGGGGCCCCAUGUACAAGUAGAAGGGAUUUUUUUUUCAAGAUCAGAUAUCAAUAUUUCAUUUACUGACCUGCAAAUAGCCAUAGCUAGUGAAGAGCAGGUCUAGCAGGGGGCCCCAUGUACAAGUAGAAGGGAUUUUUUUUUUCAUUCAAGAAAUAUUACUUUAUAAUUUUGCGAAAAACGAAAUCUUUAGUAGCUCUGACGAGGAAGGAAAUGAUUCAAAUACAGAUCUGUUUAAAUCAUGUCCUCGUUGCAAAGUACAAGCGACCGACAGGGCAAUUUCAUGACGCAAAUUCAUUGUUGGACACCGAAAAAAUCUGACGGUCAUCACAUGCGGUUGGGGAAAGCUAUUCCCCACAACUGAGAGAUUUGUUUGCCACCGAAUUAUUCUUCUCCAAGCUUAAGGUUUGCAUUCUGGCGAAGUAAAAGAUGUCAAAAAAGCUGCUUGAUUAAGCGAUUCGUUCGAAAUAGUCAGCUUUCGUUUUUCCUCACUUGCUCAUUGGUUCAAGCGUGCACGCAACAGGGGACGUCGUUAGGAUUUUUUAAGGCUUGGGUUUCGCGCCCAGGGUAAUUACCCGGCUGUCAUGUUGUGUGAGUAUUGAGUGAUGCUUGCCAUUCAUAUCCUUCGGAUUCGCAGCUUUUCGCUUUGCGAAUUAUGUAGUUUGUAUAUCGUUGACUUUAAAAUACGAUCAACUCACAAGUGGGUUCACAGGCACCCCGGGACUCCUCUCAGGUACGCCCCUCUACAAGGUCGAACAUAGACCAUUUGUCACUGAGUGAGUCAUUUCAGUUUGAUUGAUGCGUGGUUUUCUUAUUAUGAACACUCUUAUAGAUAGGUUAGCACCUAUUUUGUUUUUUGUGCUAACUUUAAAUGAUGUUUUCUUCUCUUACUCCUUUUUUCCUCAGCUUGACUAGUGAGCCAGAGUCGAUGGUAGGUGUCUUGAAGGAGAUGAUUACUGUCUUUCUAAGUGCGAUUGUAACUGUUUUUAAAGUGUCGGAAAUUAGGCACACCUCGCCGAAACAUUGUAAGUUUUUUGUUCAGGUCUCAACUUUAAAUCACUUAAACUAAACCAGAAUAACUCAAAUCAAAAGAAGGCUGGUUGUUAUCUGACGUCGCAUGCGUGUGCAAAAAUGAGAGAUCGAAUCCAAUUUUUAUUAUUUAAUAUUGCAUAAAGCUACUCGAGCUUUCAGAUAUGUUAUUAAUUGCUACGACAUUAUUCGAGUUUUGCUCGACCUUGAGUAGUGUUUAUAGAUAUGAUUUAGGCGCAAGUGGCUGAAUUUGAGUUUGAUUAUGGAAAAGAAUCAAAAGAUAUCAAGUUUGCAAGGAGACUCGAAGACCCUACUUUAAGCUUUCCGGUGGGAUGCUCCUUCACUGAUCUGUAGGGAAAUCUUUCAUAAUGUUAGGACCACGUUGGCGUAUAGACGGGGGAGGUUGAAAUCUUUAUGUAAGUGUUGUGCCAUCUUUUCAGUCUGCCAGUCCUACUCAAAACGCAAGGUACGGAGACAUUCAAAGCAAAGGAGACUUGGAGCAUCUGAUCAAAAGUUUGGAAAACGAUAACAGGUAUGUUAGCAUAAACAAGUGUCUGCUCACUCUGGUUUCAACGCAUCCUUCUCAUGAAAUUCUGAACGGUGAGGUAAAAGUAAAAUACCAUACUCGUUGUCAUAGAGCAUGCUUCUUUUGUAAGAGUGUACUUUUUCUCCUCAAGCAUGCGCCAUGUGUAAAGGUAUUCCUUAUUAGAAUGGUUUGAAUUUGCUUCACCUCUCCUCGUGGAUUAUGCGCCAUUUGUUAAAGUAUCCCUUAUGAUUAUGGUCUUAGUUUCCUCUAGUCUUCCCCAUAGACCAUACGCCACUUGUGAAAGUAACCUUCAUAGAAUCGUGUGUAUUUGCUCUCUUAACUCAUAGAGUUUGCACCUUUUGCGUGAGUACUCCAUAUUAUGAAAAUGGUUGGAGUUUGGUUUCUUCAACUUGGAAGUUUGAUAGAGGAAAUUCUACUUAAAGUAAGAGUGAUUCUAUUUUUCUUUCCGUGCAGGGCCCUACAAGGCGAAAUCAAUGGUAUAUAUCAACUUCAACGCCAGCAUCAAAGGGAACAUAUUAUUGUCCCUACUGAGGGCCCUUCCAGAGAGGCCCAUUUACAACGCAAGAGAGAACGUUUGGAGGCACGUGAAGAAGUUCUCGAAGAGCAUAACUAUCAGUUGCAAGUUCAGCUCCAUCGUUUAAGGAUCCUUCUUCAACAGGUACAGGCAAAGAUUGAGCUACAACGAUCGCAGUACUGGGUCUAGGUUGAAUGAGUUGAAAAUAAAUUUCAGUUUUUCCCCAAAUGGCACAUGCGUGUCGCGAUUUUUGUCGCUGCCAUUUUGGGUUGUGUGUGAUAGCGAAGGAUGUGAUUGGCUUACAUGUAGCUGACUUGAAUUUGCGCAAACUUUUUCUUAACUUUGUGUUAGUGAUGAAAUUUUUUUUUUUGACCGCAAAACGACUAAGUUCUAUCGUAUAAUUAAUCAACGAAGAUAUAAUUAUGUAACUGCAGAAAAUAUGUGUAUAGAGUCUAAAGAGGACUCAGAGAUAAUUUUUCUUAUCAAAUUUAAAUGUAGCAAAGCCUUAAACCUAUUACCAUUUAAAAUAAAAUUUAAAAGAGGAAAGUAACUUUAAUUUGGCGUUAAAACCUUGAGCGCUGUAAUCAUGUUCUCGAAACCGUUGCAGUUCGAAUUAAAACUUGAUACGUAAUUGUAUGUCUUUUGUUUUGUCAUAAGAAACGUGUUGACAGAUCAAAUACUAAGGGGAUUUGUUACAUAACGUAACAGUCGUUUCAGUAGUUCGCCCCUUUCAGAGGCUAAAGUGAUGUUUUUAUUGUUCAUCUUAGGAAUAGGUGAAGUGCAUAUGCCUUUUACUUCAACUUUUUGAAGGAAAAAGGAAAGGAAUUAUUGCGCGGAGUCGGCUAGAACCAAUCUCAUAUCACGUUUCGAUAAUGCUGUGUAUGUCUACUAAAUUUUUUGACACUCGAAACUUUUUAAAUGAAAACAAUAGGAAGUCGAUGCUACUUCUGACUGACAAUAGGGCAUAAUAAUCACAUGGCAUUGGCAUCGCUUUACGACUAGAGCUGUAUGAAAAACCAACGUUAAGCAGCUUACACAGCCGGAUCUGAAUAUUUAUACGGAAUACAGUCUUGAAAUGAAGAAAACAUUCAAAGGUACAAAGCACAAUACUUCCGAGACAAAUAUACAACUGUGUUUGAGUCAAGCGAAAAACUGGUGCGAACUUGUUUAAAUGUUUUGCUUAGGGUUGACGCCUUGGAUGUGAUAAUCGGAAGUGCGACUCAACCGCUCAUGAAUGUUUAAAUUUGAAACUUUUAAAAAUGUUAAAUUCUGCGUGAAAUUCAAGUUACAGCUUUGCUGUCUACUUUCGAUUUCAACGUUUUUGAGAACAUAUGAAUACUUAAUAGCAUGCUAUCAUACUUCAAAAAGAUUUUGCAAUGCACCUGUUUAGUAAAUCUCUUAAUUUAAACUUAAUAUUUGCAAUUUGUCGUGUUGUGAUCAGCAACAAUUGUAAAUUAAAAGUAAAGUUCAAGUCAAACAUUGUUGUCGUUUUAUCUACCGUCACAGAGGAAAGGACAUUUUCCUGUCUUCUUGAAUACGAGGAGAAAAUGGCCUCUAGUUUUGCCUAUGAUCGCUUGGACCAGUUAGCUUUAGAUACUAACCACAAACUCCAAACGGUAGUACAAUAUCUUUUUCAUCAGAUAAUCUCAAAUGUACUUUUAAAAUCGAUAAUUUUGGUUUGCUUUAAACUGACUGUCAUCCACCCUUCGUUGAGGGGUGAAAGUGUUUUAACGUUUAUUUUACUGAGUAGUAUUAGAAAUCAAAAUCUUUAGUACCUCCUCAGUACACAUUUCAAAAUAAUCAGAUAUAUAGCACUAAUGAACAACAUGAUAUGAAAAUACUUCUUUUAUUCUUGGACAAAAUCUUUGUAAAAAAACUACAGCUAAAAGUGCUAAGCCUAGGACGUAUAUCUGUUUUGAUAUUUCUGUCAAAUUCCAGUGAUUUUGAUCCAAACUUUAAAUUUCAGCACGAUGAUAGGGUCUGAUUUAUUAUUUGUUGUGUAAAGUGGCGAAGAUUUCCUGCUUCCUAACAGCAUUUUAGCUAUCACUAAUUAACACAUUCGGUUUUGAUUUUGAUUUUGAUUUUCGAAACUAUCCACAGGCAACCUGUGAACUGAAGCGCCUAAAAGAGUAAGGUAUUGAUUUUGCUCCGUUCCCAUCGAGAAUCCUCGUUAUUCAUAAAUGAGCGUCGAGAUUGAGAAAAUACUAAUGUCUGACUCUUAAAUCACACAACAAACAAAGAAUUAGUCUUACUGCUCUGAACACAUUCGCUUUACCAGUCACAUUUAAAUGCUCUAUGUGCCACGGGUUCGAAGUAACGUCGCUCAAACAUCUAAGCCUCUGUAAUGGAUGUGAUUUCUUUUUUUCCUAGGAUUAAACGAACAAAUUAUGAUAAUUUUUAAUUUUGGGGGAUUCUUAUUUUGGCACAAGUAAUGCUUUUAAAUCAAGAGGUAACUAAUUAGCUAACAUGUUACAAGAAAAGCCUAUUGUGAUAAAAUCAGUAACAAAUUAACGCAUUAGACGAAACCCAACCAAGCAUUCCUUUUUGCUCACGGGGGGGAGAAGACAGAACGGAGGCCUAACAACAAUCACAAGUUUUCCUUCGUGUCUUUUUCCGACCUUUUCUCUAAAGUUGUGAAAUGAAGGUGUGAACAGUCUUAUUUACACCCCUGGAGAGCAACAUAUUUCAUAAUGGUUCAUACCACACAAGUGAAAAGUGCUUUUCGCGCGCGUUGAUUGGCUAUCUCGGUGGUGAUUAGCCAAGCAAUAUCCGCAUCCAAACAGCCAACGAGAAACAAAAUCAUAAAUGUCUUUCACUUCUUUUUCGGAAGGGAAAAUUUUAUUAAUAAUCGAGGAGGCCAAGAACUGUACACAAAGUGGCACCAAAGUGCGGUUCCAAAGUACUUAUGGAAGGAUUGUUGAUCUUUUUAAUUUCAAAUUUUGGGGGAAAGAAAGUUGUGAAGCAUGGUUUCAACAACAAGUCGAAUUUGUUACAGUAUCAUGAUAAACUAAAUAAACAAGUUCUUUGUAUAAGCUAGGUAAGUGCUUUUGUAUCAAGUCAAUAAAUUCCUCCAAAUGUUUUGUAGGCGUCAAUAUGCCUUGCUUGGGAAAUAAAAAGCUUUUCUAGCUUUUGAUGAAAAUUUUUUGUUUGACUUCAGUGAGUGUCAAAAGUCUAAGCACAAUCUACUACUUUUUUGAUUUUCCUAUAGCUUUUAUAUAUUUCCCCCUUUCCCCGAUUUCAGUGUUGUCUGGUGUUAUAAAGUGGUUACAAACUUCAGGCAACAUUGUUUGGAGGAAGGGGGAGUCAAGAUGUUGAGUCAAGCAUUUUGGACCAUCUAGAAAGGGAGGCGUGCCAACUACUUUUACCACUCGUUGUUGUUACUCAGCUUGUGUGGUAUACACUAAAGUAAUCAAUCACCUUAGUUCUGGUAGGCUUGUCGGUGAAUAGGUACCCCUACUUCGGUGAAUAAUUGAGGAAUACACUUGAGACUUCUUACUUGAGCACUUGAUAUUUAAAGCUUUGUGUGUGUGGAGUUCUAAAAAAGCAAAAUUCUAAUGCUGCUCGGGAUGUCUUGAAGUCGGGUCUCUCGACCAGUUUGGGUUUAUCCCCAGGCUAACGAGAAUCCUUUGAUUAAAAAUAAGAAGUAUUAGAUAACAUAAUGAUAAGAUAAUAAUAAAAUAGGAUUUGUCGAUUUAUUCUUCAUUGCAGGAUGAAGCUAUGCAGCUCUCUUCGCCAAUAACGCCAGCAGCUCAGCCUUCUUCCAAGCCUCACACAACCGUGUCACCCUCAAUGGCGAUCGUUGCUCCUCCCCCUACAGUUUCCGAACCGAAUAAUACCAUGAUGUCAACGCGAGUUAAUUUUUCUGGUGGCUUUUACCAACCUCCUUCCGAGCCAGGCAUGUUACCAGCUCAGUCCCUAAACCAACAUUCCGUCGUUCCUCAGGCAACAUUUCUUACACCAAGUCCAUCGCUGCAGCUAAAUUCUCCUCGCUAUUCCUUGUCGCCUAGACAUUUUUAUCAAAAACCCCAGUUCGGGGAUUUCCAGAGCAGCUUGGCACGUAAUUCUUUUCUUCUUAAAACGGCUGCAGAGUUGGGCGUGGUAGAUCGACUCGACACUUCUCACGAAGGGAUUGAGCUCAGUGAUAUUGUCGAUAGAAUAACAUCUACUUUCCCUUUGGAUGCUCACUCAGGUAAUGUUUUCACACUUUUGUUCCACUGUAAGGACAACUUUGUCGAUAACUUCCAGUUAGAGUGUCUAGCAAUUGCGCACGUGUUUAUAUUAUUGAAGUGCGAUUUUAUGCCCUUAUGGCCAACGCGUGGUGGGUGCAAAGCGCAGGAUCUACCAAUAACUCAGAAAAAAAUGAUCGAGUUGUCCUAGAACGAAGGGACAGAUAUCUGAAGUGGAGACUGUGUUUUUUUAAAGUGGUAAGUGCAAUUAGUUUAACAACUAGUUUUCAGGUACGCCACGGUAAGUAAAAUUCUUUUCAAGUGUAAUAAAAAGUAGAGUAAAAACAGUAUAUAUAGAAACAUAAAAUAUUAAAGUUAUUUACAGUUAAAAUUUAAAAGGUAUAUGAAUUUUAAUUUUUUUCUGAAAAUGUUACAAGCUUUAAUGUUCCUCGUCGCGACCGGUAGAGUUCCAUUGUUUAACUGUGCAAAACCUCAAAAACUCAAGUCCAUAGAUUGUCGUAUAAACCUUUAGUAGGUCCAGUAUUAAGUACUUCUGGGAUUGUAAGAGCACCUAUUACAAUCUCAGAGGUACGAUAAAACUGGACCUGCCAAAGGUUAAUUGGAAGUAAAGUGACCUGUAUUUUUGCAAAAGAUAGAAUCGGCCAAGAAACAUGAAUUGGAGAUAUAUCUAUGCUUUGAAUGCUAAAAUUGUUUUUAUUUUAUGGUUCUCCUGUAGACUUGCCAGUUGAUAUACACAAUGAUAUUUUUCUCGCUGCAAGUAUGAUUGGCGAAGCAAUGCAGUCUAUGGUCACUGAAAUGUCGCGGAACGCAGGUAAGCAAAGACUCCCAAUUUUACCAACAGGUAUAGCUUAUUUAAAAUGGUAAUUUCUCUAGCUUUAAAUUUUUUUAAAAACCAGCAACCUUUUUUUUCAUCUUGUUUUCACCAUCAUAAUCUGACCAGAAAAUUGCGAAUCAUCCUGGUUUAAAAUAUUUUAAGGCAAGAACAGAUUCUAACCACAACCUCAAGUGAAACAAGUCGUUUUUACGGAGGAAAUUUCAUGAUAACCUAUUUGCCAUUUAGGUCAACGUGAUAAAUAUAUCACGCUACUGUGCGUAAGUUGGUUAGUGAGUAAGUACGUAGAUGAGUAAGUAGAGAGGUAAGUAAGUUAGUAAGUAGUUAAGCAAGAAAACUAUUAAUGUAGUUCAGUGCGCCCUACAAUUGCAACAAAACAAUGCGUGAAUUGCUUAAAAUUUUGGGUGUCUCAGCUGCGCUUGUUUUAUUCAAUUAAUUGGUUUUUGCAGUUGUCGUAGUUGCCACAGGUCAUAAAAUACUCAGGUCUUAAAAAGGUCAAGGAAAAGUCGAGAAUUUCACUUUAAAUCAGGAAAAAUCUUCAUUUUUAAAAAAGUUUAGGGAAAAGUUAAUACGGACUCGUUCAUCUUGUAUCGGCCCUCUUCGUGAUUGAAAAUUCUGACCCAUAACAUUAUGUGAUUUGAUAUAACUCAAGUUCAUGGUUAAUUACAACCGACAGAUAUCUAUCAAACACGUCAUUUCCCAUAGAAGUACGGGUUGAAAUUGGUUUCUGAAUGAAAUCAUACACUCUCCGUUUCUACUCUAUUCAUUAUGUUCUAAAAUUUAAAUUCUUUGGUACAUUUCACGAACAUGAGACGUGUUUAAUUGGUUGAAGCUAAAGUUGGGUUUCUAAGAUAUUCAAUCUUUCCAAGAUACGUUAAGUAGCUAUCGAAUCAUGUUUCAUAAGGAUUAAUGUAUAACACUGUUACCACAGUUGGCCAGGGAAAUAAUACAAUUGUCAGAAAAAAGUCAGGAAAUUUGGCAAAGCAAUGAACAUGGUUACCAUGAAUCCGUUUGAUUACAGCUAUUGUAUUAAUUUUUAGUACCAAUAUUUUAAGGUCGAUUAAAUCUCCAUUAGUGCGAAACUUUAACGUAAUUUGUCACUCUUUUUUCACUGUAAAGAAUCUGAGAAAGCGGGACUGGAACCUAGCAGAAUAUUAACCAGAAGCAAUGACGGGACCGGCUGCUGUGGGAAGGUAAAUAGCUAUGUUUUGUUUUCGUAUCAAGGCUUUCUAUUUUAGUGUCAUUUUGAAUAGCUCUAAAAAUGUGGUCAAAGGACCAAGCAAUAAGAUGAACUCACUAGAAAUUUACUUCAUCCAUUCUAUUACCGCGAAAACUCGCA